AUGUCCUGUGUGAUUCUCGAAGUGACGCUACUGAGUGGCAGAGCCGUGCAAGUCACAGCCACUGCAUCUUGGACCAUGGAGGAGCUGAAACUUCAGGCGCAGAAGGCCCUGCAAACCGGAAGGGGCAUGCUGCUCAAUGCAUCUGGGGACAUCCUACAUGGGGCCUUGACUGUUGACCAGGCAAGUUUGAGGACGGGAGAUGUUUUGACCUUUCAUCUGCGCGAGACAAGCAUGGCAGCUACAGCCUCUGCCUUUGCAGCCGUGCUUGGUGAUGGGUCUUUGGUAAGCUGGGGCAAUCCCAACUCCGGCGGCGACAGCAGCUCUGUCCAACAUCGGCUGCUGAAUGUGCGUCAGGUCUCAGCCACUCAUGGGGCGUUCGCAGCUCUCCUCGGCGAUGGGUCCGUGGUAACUUGGGGGCGCAGUGAGACUGGUGGCGACAGCAGCUCCGUCCAGGAUCGGCUGCACAAGGUUUCGCAGAUAAAAGCUACCGGCUUUGCUUUCGCUGCCAUGCUACACGACGGGUCAGUGGUGACUUGGGGCGAUUCCGACUACGGUGGCGACAGCAGCGGGGUGAGGGACGACCUCCAUCACGUGCAAGAGAUAGAGGCCACAGACCGCGCCUUUGCGGCAGUCCUGACGGACGGAUCUGUGAGAACUUGGGGCAGCGGCUACGAUGGCGGAGACUGCAAAGCAGUGCAAGGAAAGCUUCGAGAUGUUCGGGAAAUCCAUGCGGCUCGGGGCGGCGCUUUUGCAGCCGUCCUUGGAGAUGGCUCUGUGGUUGCCUGGGGCUCCUCCCGUCACGGUGGGGACAACAGUUCCGUCAGGGAUCAGCUGCGCGAUGUGAAGAAACUUCGGUCAUCCCACGGCGCCUUCGCUGCUAUCCUUGCAGAUGGCUCGGUCUUGACUUGGGGCCGCGCCGAUGAUGGCGGUGACAGCAGUGCCAUAAAGGAGAAGCUUCGGAAUGUGCAAGAUAUCCGAGCCACGGACAGCGCCUUUGCUGCCAUCCUUGCUGAUGGCUCCGUCGCAACAUGGGGUAGCAGACUCUACGGGGGCCUCUGCCAGACAGUGCAGCGACCGCUUCAGAAGGUCUUGCAGAUAGAUGCUACGGAUCGUGCUUUUCUUGCUAACCUUGCCGACGGAUCCCUGGUGACUUGGGGAGAGUCUCUGGAAUCGAAACGGCCCACAGACAGCUCCCCAAAGCGGUUCACCAGCACCAAUCUGGUCGAAGCCGUAUCUCUGCCAUCGAGUGCUUGGAUCCUCGUUGAUGGCCCCAUUGAUGGAUCCCUUGUGACCUGGGACUUGGCUAGCAUCAAGGAGCACGGCGGGCAUCAGCCGACGCAGGUGAGCGCGCUGGCUUCAAACAAUCCUGGCAUCGUAGAUGGCGUGUCGUGUCGAAGCCAGCUCGCUUUGGAGCAGGCCCCGAUGAAGCGCCGACGUGCGAAUCUGAUGCGCAACGCCAAGGGCGAGCGGGUCCUGACGGGACUUUUGAACUUCCCACCCUUUUAUCAGGUGCCGUCUGCCUUUUGUGGCUACAUUCUUGAAUCCGAGUUUGCAAACUACAGCACGCAGGGAAGUUGGAAAAGCAAAGCCGACAUGACAGGAUUGGCCCAGGUGAUGAAGGCUCAGCUUGACUCCGAUCGCUACGAGUCCUUGGAUUUGCUCGGGAACUUCGUUGACAACCACGACGAGUACGGUCGAAUCGCGCACUACUGCCAGUCGGACACCGGACGUAUCAAAAAUGCCCUGACAUGGCUGAUGCUGGCACAAGGCAUUCCGAUCGUCUACUACGGAACUGAGCAGGGCUUGUCGGGGCACCAGUGGCACGGGCCAGGAAACCCGGGUGACUCGGUCAAGAACGACAGAAAGCAUCUGGGCCCUAGACUGCCCUAG